CACCGCCCGCCAACCCCGCCCAUGGUCAGAAUGACGCGCUCCAAGACUUUCCAGGCGUACCUGCCGAGCUGCCACCGAACCUACAGCUGCAUCCACUGCCGAGCUCACCUGGCCAACCAUGACGAGCUCAUCUCCAAGUCGUUCCAGGGCAGCCAGGGCAGAGCCUACCUGUUCAACUCAGUGGUGAACGUCGGGUGUGGCCCUGCAGAGGAGAGAGUUUUGCUCACAGGCCUGCAUGCUGUAGCAGAUAUCUACUGCGAGAACUGCAAGACGACUCUGGGCUGGAAAUAUGAACAUGCCUUUGAGAGCAGUCAGAAGUAUAAAGAGGGCAAGUUCAUCAUCGAGCUGGCCCACAUGAUCAAGGACAACGGCUGGGACUGAGGGACGAGCAGCCGGGACACGACCGCAGCGGUGGAGAGGAGGAGGGAGUGGGAGGGGGAAAGGGGGACUGGGUAGCUGGAUGGACGGACAAAUGGAUGGGGAGGAAGGAGGGGGAGCAGGGGGGGCAGGGUGGGUCGUGUGUGGUGGGUGAGUGUGUGACUUUGGUUUGGCUGAUUUACCAUUAACCUCUGUAACUCUCUGCCCAUCCCUCCUUACCACGCCUCUUGGUGUACACACACACACACACACACACACACACACACACACACACACACACACACACACACACACACACACACACACACACACACACACACACACACACACACACACACACACACACACACACC